UCCAAAAUCCUGUGGCUGCACUUGAGGCAGGUGGAUGAGAGGAUGGUGGCCUGGGGACGUAAGGGAGAGAUACAUUCACCUUAGAGAGGCCAGAGCUAGAAGCUCAGGCAGGUAACUGCUUGGAUGGUGGAAACUGUUUUCCAGAAGAGCAAAAACCUGGAGGUGCUGGACGACGCGAACCAAGGGAUGCAAGGACUUCCCUUGAACUACAUUUCCCGGGAUGCUCAGCAGAAGGGAGCACCCCGCCCCGCCCUGCCCCGCCCUGCCCGAUUCGGCGGGCACCGCCCACCCAGCAGAACCCAGCGGCAAACACAGGCUACAAGUGCUGUGGCUAGGAAUAACGGACUUUCUCCGGGUGCCACGCGGACGCGAGUGUUCCCGGCUUCAGCUUUACUGAGUGGCCAAAGCAGAGGAAACUUGCCUUCUCAUUUGAAGGAUUCUGUCACAGGAAAUGUGUGAGUCCCUGGAUAAAUUUGGCUUGGUGACGACAGUGUGCUCUUCCCAGAGAUUCUGCCACAUCUUGCUUGCUCCUUUUCUGCCCUGAUCAGAGUUUCUCACUGCUAACCUCUGGGACAAGUCAGAAGAUUUUCCCCUUCCACGAUCUUCUGUCCCCAGGUUCCCUUCCCUGUUUUUGCCAGUCUGAUGAGAAACUGAGGCCAAGGUGUCUUUAACCAGCUAUGGCUGUAAAGGGGAUGAGGACCAGAGGAACAGGCCUCCCUAUAGUAUGGGAUUAAAUUCUGCCAGACUCUCCUUAUCUAAGUGUGUUGCUACUAGAAACAUUUCUAGAUAUUUCAGGGAGAAAUCUAUCUAGCUCCCAUGGAGCCCCACUCUCUGACUAAGAGAAGCAGUGCAGUGGACCCAUGCAAUGUUGUGGAGUGGAGUUCAGGAGAGACUUCUGGUGACCAUGCAGAAGAGGCAACCAUCAGAUCUGCUCUUUGCUAUCAGAAAAACUCGGCAUCAACACCAAGGGCAGCUGUGGUGGAAGUGUGUAGACUUAAAACUUCUCCAGCAUCCCCAACCUCCUUGCUCCAAGACAAUGCUAUUCAAACAAGCUUCUUCCCAUUGGGACCUCCCGACUCAGAGAACAACCAAGUAAUGGCCAAUCGUAAAGUCUGUAAUUGUUGCAGCCAGGAACUAGAAACUUCUUUUACUUACAUAGAUGAGAAUGUCAACUUGGGACAGAGAAGUCAGAGGUCACCACCAGCCAAAGGCAGUAAUCACCCUGGAGAUCUUGGAUGGGGAAACCCGAACGAAUGGUCUCAUGAGGCUGCCAUGUCUUUGAUGUCUGAAGACGAUGAUGACACAAGUUCAGAAGCCACAUCUUCAGGGAAGUCUGUAGACUAUGGUUUCAUCAGUGCUAUCUUGUUCUUGGUCACUGGUAUCUUACUAGUGAUUAUUUCUUAUAUUGUCCCUCGGGAGGUGACAGUGGAUCCCAAUACAGUGGCCGCCCGGGAGAUGGAACGUCUAGAAAAGGAGAGUGCAAUGUUAGGUGCACACCUGGACCGUUGUGUGAUCGCUGGGCUCUGCCUCCUCACCCUUGGAGGAGUCAUUCUCUCUUGCUUGCUGAUGAUGUCUAUGUGGAAGGGGGAGCUCUAUCGUCGAAAUAGAUUUGCCUCUUCCAAAGAGUCUGCAAAACUCUAUGGUUCUUUCAACUUCAGGAUGAAAACUACUACUAAUGAAGACACUCUGGAACUGUCCUUGGUAGAGGAAGAUACCCUUGCUGUACAGAGUUAGUUCUGAAAUCCUUGAGAGACGGCCAUGCCUUUUAUAUGAAAAAAAAAUUAAGUCAAGUGUGUCCUUUAUUUGUUUAGCAAGAAAAAUGUUCCUCCCACACAAACUAAAAGCCAGUGAGUGUUUUGUUUCCAUGAAUCUUGUGUAAGAAAGCCUAUGUAAGUUGUAAAAGAAACCAUGUCCAGCUAAUCCCUACUUGCUGCAAACUGAAAAUUAAUUCAUCUGAAAUCACCAUGCAUUUCUACUUCUAAACAAAAUACUUCUGCUGACCUUAUAUAAGUGUGGUCUUAUAUAUAAACAUGGAUACUAUCACUAGGGACUAGAAGGGCUCCUGCAUAAUGCAAUUACUUGGCAGUCUAUUCCAUGAAACAUAAGCACUAAUUAAACAGUAAGGCUUACAUUUAACUCCCAAAGGUACUUUUCCAUUUUCUUGCUAAAUUUUCUUCCUGUAAUUUGGCCAAACCCUAAAAUGUAGACUUUGGCAGUGUGAAUAUUUUGAAAUCUAAGGACGUUGGUUAUAUUUUUAAAAGCUAUAAGAUGUUAUAUUUUAAAUUAUUACAAUAUUUAGAGUGACAACUAAGUCAUUAAUAUAUACCAUAUAAUAAAGAUAAUGAUACAAAUCCUGUUUAGACCCAUGUGAGGUUAACAAACUGUUCUCACAAAGUAUUUCCUUAUACCUUCUUUUCUCAAUGAAGUAGAAGUAUUUGAUGAUACAUAGUUUGUUGCACUCAGUUUGAUGACCUGUGACCUUGAAAUCUUUACCACUUCUCAUAUAUGUGUGACUAAGCAUUAGACUUUUGAAACAUAUCUCAUGGCAGCCAUAUGUCCAGACAGGUCUAAACCAUGAGUGGGCCUUGCAUUCUUCCAGGUGGCAGUUUGUGUUGAUGGUUUGGAGUAAACAUUCAUGAUAGUUGAAGCUAGACUCUUGAGAACUAUGCCUAGCAUACACCAUUACUUAAAGAGUCCUUAAGCCUGUAGCCAAAUCUUACACUGGGGAGAGAAAAAAACCCACUAAUUUAGUAGGAGUUGUGUUCCUUAUGAGUCCUGACUCAUCUUGCCAUCUCUAAACAUCAUUCUGAGAACCUUCUACUUCAGACUCUUAAGGACCAUGCCCUGCCUCAUAAAGUGAAAAUGUCUAGUUUAUGGGAAAUACUGUGGGCAAGGUGGUCAGGAAAGGCAUGGGAAGAAAGGCCUCGAAUUCCACUUACGUUCCAUGAAGUGGUCCCACCCUCCCACUUAGGUUUUUUUUAUUAGUAUGUUACAAAGAUUAGCUAUUUCAUGCUUAUAAAAGGACUGGAGCCAGGAAUGGGUGUAAGUGAAGGAAUGAGCUAGUGAGAAAGGUAUUUCAUUGGAGAUUCUUAACAACACUUAAAUCUAAUGCAGAUAUCUGUGUUGUCAUUGAGGAGGAGGGGUGAACUGUAUGAGUUUGGAUAUCUAUAUGAAUGGGUUCUUGUGGCUAUCAGAGCCAUUUGUUGAGUUAGCUUUAAUAAGAGGUAAAGGAGGAAAAUGCAGUAGAUAAAAAUAAGAAAAGUGUGGAAAGUAUGUGUGUGUGUGUGUGUGUGUGUGUGUGUGUGUGUGUGUGUGUGUGUUUCCCCUUUGCCUCACCCUGUAGAAUAGAAUAACUGAUCAUGAAGUCUUGGCUUACUGAGCCACAAAGGACUAGACAGAACUUAUAUUUUGUGCUUGGUUUUUCUGUGAUUCUCCUGUCUUCUGUGAUAAAGGCACAUUCCCAGGAGGUUAAACCUUCUAGAAGUAUAUUCAGUUUCAAACGCUAGUUUGCUUGAGUAACUAUUUUGUAGAUAUUGAAGUAAAACAGGAGUAAUCUUCUUCCUUGGGUGUGUAGAUAUGAGCUGGGUUCAAACUGCAACAGCAAAAUAUGUAAAAUAGAAUUUAAACCCAUUUAAAGCCAGACCUGGUGUAUCAUACCUAGAUCCCAACACUUGGGAGGCUGAAUCGAGAUCAACAAAAUGCCAAGGCCAGUCUGGAUUAUGUAGAGAGUUCCCGUACAGAAUACAGAGUGGGACUAUGUUUCAAAACAUCAAAAUAUAAUAAAAUAUUCAUGAUUAUUUAUAUGAUAUCUCUGAAUUUUGUCUUUAUUUAUUUGUAAGCCAUAAUUAAUUGGUUGCAUAGCAAAUAAGACAGAAGGUUAUUUGUGGUCCAAUUUUCAGUUUUUCAUGACUUUGAAAAUUAAACAUGAAGGCUGUAUUUUCAAUCAUAUAAAACUGAUGAUAAAGGAAGAAAAAAGUCAGAGUUCAUCAUAGAGGAAAAGUUAAUGAAUUCCCCAUGUUGCUAAAUCAUAUAGCUAUGCCUGUAAUGAAAGUAGCACUUUAAAAAACCCCAUUUCGGAAAAGAAGAUUUUAAAUAAAAAGUAAGAAUAUUCCCAUUUCUGCCUUCUCUAAAACUGCUCAAAAACAGAUAGCAUGACAUUUAAGUUCUGCUGAUCUAAGGGAAGACACACCCAAGGGGACCAACUCAGAAAAUCACCCGGAUGCUUUCUUUAGGCUGUGCUGAUGUAAUUCUGAUAACUAGCUUAAUUGACUUUCCUCCAGGUAUUCUAUUUGUAAUGUUCUCACCCAUUCUGUUAAUGCCUGACUUUGAGAUGAUUGCUUGAAUUUAAAAUGAAGCUAAGAAAUAUGGACAUGGCUCAUGUGUACAACGCUUGCCUUGUAUAUGGGAGGCCCUGCGUAGCACCCUCAACACUGCAAGAAAAUAAAGAUAAAGGUAGCACAGGGAAAGAAAAAUCCUGAAUUUUCUGCACUUUCUGCAUUGUAUUGAUUUCAGCACAAUGACGAGUGGUUUGGGUACUCGAAUUCCUUUAGCCAGACCAUAUGAGAAACCAGAAACUGGAUGGACUCAGGCUAUGCUUUGACCUUGGAUCUUUCUCUGGCUUCCUGGAUAUGUCUUCCAUCAGAUGCCCACUGUUAUCUGUGGAAGCUUCAUUAGGCAGUGUAAGCUUCUAAUAUUACUAAUAAACUGUCCCCUUUGUGGGCACUGGAAACUGCUGCAGAGCUUGCUCAGUUCUCUUUGCAAUGCUAUUUCUUGGCCAGCCAUUUGGAAUUGUUGACGUAACCAUGCAAUGUGAUGUGCUGACCUUUCAUGCGAAUCUCUUCUUAUGAGCAUCUCGCCAGGCAUCUGAUUUGUGAUUUAGAAUAAUAGAAGGCUGCUAGGAACCAUCAACUUCUCUCUGACCUGGAGUAUUUUCACCCAUGUAACUGCUAAACCUCUUAAUUCAGUAAAACCCAGAUACUUACCUAGCUAUCAAAAACUUAAAAUAUAUCUGAGCCCAUCCUCUCCCUUAAAAAAAAAAUCUGGAUUAAGGCCCAGUUUGACCAGGGCUAGCAUAUAUCUGUUAGGUACAAGUGUAAAUAAAACUCCCAUACCAAUUUUUUUGUGCCUUCCUUUCCUUUGCACCUAGAGUGAAGUCAAAUAAGUAAAAAUACACCUUGAUAAUUGAAUAUCAAGAAUGAAGGAGAUGAGUGCAUAUGUAUUUCUGUUUUCUUUUAAAUUUCUUUACAAGAAGAAAGCAUCUUAAAUAAUUAGAUCUGAAUGUUAAUGGAUUUCAUCUCUCAAAUGUACACACAUAUGAUUAAUGGUCUGGAUUAAUGGUCAGAGCAAAAGACAAAAUAUCUCUGUCUCUAUUUGAAGUUUUUCAAUCUGAGCAUUUGAUUUUACUGCAGCAACUCAAGCUGCCACAGAAAGGUGGACUGACAAAAGGGAUUCACAAUGCUUGUCAGUGGUUCCCUGGUGGUAGCAAGAUAUAAUAUCAUCUGCUGGAUCUGACUGCACCAAAGAGCAAGUCCCACCCUUACAGCUUUCUGGCAUGGCUUUAGCUUUUAUAGACAGGGCAGAAACAAUGAUCAUUAUGAAGAGAAUUAAAAUGAAAUCCCGGUAGGCUUCUUCCAGCACCAGGAAACUUAUAAGACACAUAAUUAACAGUUUUGACUGUUGGUCUCCCUUUGGCUAUAUCUUUUUAUGGUCCACACAGUAUUCUACAAAACAACUCUUUUAGUUUUUAUGGGCAUACAAUUUUGGAAUUAAUUCACCUGAGUGAUAUCAAUACUGUCAAUUUCAAGAUGUUGCUGAAAACAUAGAAUUGCUUUAUUAAAACAUCCAUGACUUAACUUAAAAUCAUAAUCAUUGCUUUUGUUUGUUAAGUGUGCAGGUUGAUGUGUGCAAGUGUGCAUAUAUGUUAGGGUAGGUUUUGUAUGUACAUAGCUUUAAUAUUCCUAAGCUAUUCUUAGACUAAAGUCUUAUUGGAAUUUGCCAUGCCUUAAUAUUGAUUUUGUGAAUGAGAAGUCUUUCACAGGUAACUAUAAAGAGUUUGGAAUCAACCUCAGAAUGAAAAUACUGUAAGUAUACAAACCUUCUUUGACAUUGUUGUUGAGAGUCUCACAAAUGCUUUUGGAUUUCUUUUUAACCUUGCAAUUAUAAGCUCCUAAGUAUGCAGAAUAUUUAUAAAUGAUUUUACCUUGAGUUCCAGUCUUAUUUCUGAGAAAUGUGGGCAGCACUGUCCUUGCUCCAAAGUCAAGUGGUUCCUCUGUGGUUCAGAAGUGGCUAGUCUUACUUCUCUGUCUGAUUGCUUCCUAUACAGAAUGCAAGCAAGUCUGAGUAUGAAGACAAAGACGGAUCCUCCCUCUGCUGUGUAUUUCUCUGCAAUUCUCUUCUGGCUUUUCAUUCUACUUUUAUUGCCAAAUCAAAGUAAUUGAUGUUGAUUUAUAUUUUCUGAUAUUAUAAAGGGCAAUCACAAAACAUGAUGGGCUUUACCCUCAUAGCCCCAAUGCUGUAUAUGUUAACAGUGUAUCCUGUUAUUUUAAAGCAUAAAUAUCGAGAAGUUUUCAGUGUGUUUAACUUUUAUUGAAGUCUAAUAUAGUGCAUAUUUGGUCUUUUAAAAUUAUCUUUUACAAUUAUUCAUGUAUAAGAAAAACAAUAAAAGUGAUAUUUACCCCAAA